AUCACAAUAUGGCAACCUAAACAGGAAGUUUACAGUUGACAUAAAUUUGUUUUGUUUGGGUUUUGUUUUCUUCAAAUUGAGGGAAAAAAAUGCGAAAUACAAUAACAUCAUCUUUUUCGACAGGCGAAUUCCAUGGAUACAAUGUUAAGUUUUCUCCUUUUCGAAAGAAUCUUCUCGCCUGUGCAGCAUCACAAAAUUAUGGCAUUGCUGGAAGUGGGCGUUUAUUUGUUUUGGACAUUCAAAACGGCAGAGAAUUUAAGGUAGUCACUACCAGAGAUUAUUCUGAUGGUUUAUUUGAUGUGACUUGGAGUGAACUUAAUGAACAGCUUCUAGUAACAAGUUGUGGAGAUGGAUCUAUACAAAUAUGGGAUUAUGUUUCUGCUGCUGAUCCUGUAACUCAUUAUAGAAUACAUGAAAAAGAGGUAUAUUCUGUGGAGUGGAAUCCUAAAAAUGCUAUGCCUGUUAUAUUGUCUGCAUCCUGGGAUCACACAGUUAAAGUAUGGAAUCCAUUUGUUUGUAAAGAAAUUGCUGCUUACUUAGAGCAUACUGAUCAAGUCUAUGAAGCCACUUGGUGUCCAAUGGUUCCUCAUCUUUUUGCCUCAGUUUCAGGUGAUCGAACUUUGAGAUUAUGGGAUGUUAGAUGUAAUACUCGUUCGAAUGGAUGGUAUGCACAUGAUUCUGAAGUCUUGUGUUGUGACUGGAGUAAAUUUGAUCGUGAUGUUUUAGCAACUGGCACUACAAAUGGAAAAAUUGUUGAAUGGGAUGUAAGAAAAAUGGCACACCCACUUUUUAUGUUAUCUGGUCAUGAAUAUGCUAUAAGGCAGUUAAAGUUUUCCCCUCAUCAACCUGGUACUCUGGCUUCCGUUAGUUAUGACUUUACUACAAGAUUUUGGAAUUGGAACAUACCCCAGGCUUUACAGAUUCACAAAGAACAUAAAGAGUUUGUGUAUGGCUUAGAUUUUAAUCCAAUGAAACCUGGUCAGGCUUGUGAUUGCGGAUGGGACUCAUUGCUCUAUAUUUAUGAUGAAGUUAUGUGAUAAAUAGAUAUUCUAAUGCCUUGUAUAGUUAUUUUUGUUACAUAAACUGUAUAUAGCUUGCAUAUUUUAUUAACAGUAAUUUCAUACGGGUUUAUAAUCACUAAACAAACAUUUUAUAUAGGCUUUUUUUAUAUCAUUUUAAAAAUGUUCUUUGCCAUGCAGUCAUAAAGAAUUUUUCUAUGGUGGUACUUAAGUUAUUUUCAAAUAUAUUUUAGCAUGUCUUGUAAAAAAUUACAUGUCAUGUUUAUUUCUAUUGUGCAUUUUAAAUUCAUCUUAGAUAUCAAUUUAGUAAAAACUGAAAUAACUGUCAUUAAAGAAUUUUUUUAAUAUUAUUAUUUUUGAUAUUUGAGCUAGUGUAAGUAGAAAAUAUCUUUGAAGAAAUGUAGAAGUAUUGAGUUGUGUGGUGUUUAUGUAUAUUUUUCAUUGUAUUAUACUUUUGUUUCUCUUUCUCUAUUGUAUAUAACUGUAGCAUUAUUUGUGAUGAAAUAUCUAAUUUUUUUAACUUUUAAAAAAUUAUAUAAAAGUUCUAAAACUAAAUGUUAAAUAAGUUAUGAAAUUAUUCACCUUGGUAAAUCCAUCCUAACAGCUUUUCUCCAUUCUACAAAAAUUUUAGAAAAGUAUAUGCUUCAAAAUUAUUAUAUUUUACAAUUUUAUCUAACUUCUUAAUUUUUCCCUGUCUAAAUGUUUCCUCAUCAAAGCUUCGAAAAAUGAAAAUAAUCUUAUUUAUACAAAAUUCAUAUAAAGUUUUAAUGAGCAUAAAAAUAAACUUCUUCUCCUUUUGCACUACAGUUUGCUACAAACCAAAGUUAUUUCAAAUAUUGCCGUCCUUUAUUGGGAUCCAUCAGUGGCAAUAUUUCUCAUACACGUUACUUUAAUGUCAGAAACUAGGUCAUCAUAUUUAGUACAAAGGCAUAGGAUUACUCCGGGACAACCAAUUUUUUUUAACCUGGACUGCCAGUUUUUUCACCCCAAUCAUUUUAAAACCUAAUUCCACACUGAAUAAGGGCAUCAAUAUUUAGGUCUUCUUUUUCGACUAGUGAAGGACUUAUGACACAAAAAUUUUCGUUACUGGAUUUUUUCACCUGUUCUGACAAUACGAGCACCCCAGUUUAUUCUUUUAAUCUUAAGGGCUCUUUAAGGAUUCCAUAAAUUCCAGAGUUAAAACGAUUUCGCACGGGCCAUUUUCUUUAACACUUUCAAGAAUACUUUUGAGAAGGGGAGAGAUCUUAAUAAAGUGAAGAAGAGAAAUCUUAAUCAUCUAAAAAGCGUUUUGUUGGCCACUGAGAAGUGACCUAAAUAUCUCUUCCUUUUUUUUUCAAAAAUAAAAACUCUCAUUUCUGAAAAAAUUUUGAAAGCUGAUUGAACUUGUUUUGAAAUCAAAUUUGAAUAAAUUAUAUGAGAAAAGAAAUAGUGUAUUAUUAGUCUCAUUUCCACUUAUUAUUCACUAUGAGUUAUAAUGGUGUUUAUCAGUUAGCAAAUGUAGCUUGGUAAAAAGAUUCCUCAUGAAUGUGCCAGCCGGUUAUUUUGCUUUGCAGGACUUUUUUUUUAUAACGUCUAAUUUACACAAAUAAUGUGAAACAAAUGAUAACAAAAUAAAAUAACGAAUUAAAAAAAAUCCCUUCACUCAACAGGCAUAGAAUUGCAAAUUUCUUUUACAGUUGCAAAAAAACAAAUUUCUCAUGGCUACAGGAUAUUUGUCUGGUACCCAGCUAAUGGAUGAGAACUAUUAGAAUAAUAAUACAUCAUUAAUAGAAUACAUAUACAUCAAUGAAAUACAGAAUACAUAAAUGAAAUAGAUUAUGUAUGCUUUUUGCUAAAUUUAUUUUUGUAUCAAAUAAAUGUUUUCUUUUAAUCUAUUACUUUGUACUUGUUUUAUUGCUGGAGGCUUUUCAAGGUGCUGACUGAUUUUUUUUAGAUCAACUGCUUUUCCAUAAAUUUGGUGUUUAAAUAUUUUCUGCACUCUUUUCUAUUCCAAUGUACACAGCGAAUGAUACUCUAAUUUUGACACAACGGCAAUUAUCUAUAAGAACAAUUUCAACAGUUUUUGACUAUUUUUAUGCAUCGCUCUUGUUUCAGCUGCUAUAAAAAUAUUUUAAUAUAAUACAGUAUUUUCUGGUAUUAUAAAUUGACUGUAUUCAAUUCUGUGACCUCACAAAAUCUGAGUUUGAUACAAAGACAUACCUUUUUUUAAUAUUUCACGCCACAUCUUUACGUUAUUUAACUAACAAAAGGAGAGUGGUAUUAAUCAUCUCUGUAAUCUUGAAAACUUUAAAAUCAAAACAGUUAUUUUCUCUGACCAGAGUUCAAAAAAAUCUGUAGAGUAUUUUAACUCACUACUCCUUUACCUCAUUUCAAUUUUUAUAGUCUAUUUAGGUAUAAUUGGUAUUAAAAAUUAACUUAAAAAUUAUCCCUUUUUUAACUCAAAAUUUUCUUUCAAUCUUAUUUAUUGUUAUUUUUUUUAAAUUUAAGGGGAAAUAACACAGUAGAAGCCUUCAAAAAAAGGAUUUUUUUAAUGAAUUUUGCAACAAUUGUGAAAAACUUUGCUUAAAAUACAGAUUCUCCAUUCAUUGUGACCUUAGGAAGUAAAUAAAUGAAAGUUGUAUAUUUGUGAAAAGUUUAUGUUCCAAAUCAGAGCUUUCUUUGAGAAAUCUUUAUUUCAAGAAUGUUACUUAAGACCCUUUAUUUAUAUAGCUUUUUGCUCAAGCUACCUACGGAGAUAAUGCAUGUUUCUUUUUACCAUGUUUUGUAUAAUUUUUUAUAAAUACAAUAAACUGUAUUCAAGUGAG